AUGACACUGACCACUUCCAUUAUGCUUUAUCCAGGAGGUGAUCUUGCCUAUAUUGACAUCCUCUUCUUCUGUUCCGGCGCGGCAACUCAGAGCGGUCUUAAUACGGUAGAUUUCAACAAGUUAAAAACGUACCAGCAGGUGAUCCUCUACUUCAGUUCCAUGCUCACGACGCCGAUUUUCAUCCACUCCGUCCUCGUCUUCAUCCGGCUGUAUUGGUUCGAGAAGCGGUUUCAACACAUCGUGCAGGAUACUCGAGCGAUGCGCUCUACCAGGACGAGAAUGCGAACCUUGAGUCGUGAUAAGGACGCAACUUCGUUGGGAAGGGAAGAAGCUGGUAUUGGUUCUCGCCCGAUUGUUGUGCUGCGCAAUGAUACCCAGGGAUCCAAUGACAGAGGUCGCGAGGCGGCUGCUGGAACCCCCGAGUAUGGAUCGACUCCAGGGUCGCCUUCCCAAUUCGAUAGAGCGGACAGUUCGGAGGUUCAGACGGGCGGUCCGAAUAGCACUUUAGGGCUCGGCUUGGGCAGCCUUCGGGUGCCGACACAGCUGGAUCCUGAGCAUCACAUUGCUUUCCUGGAGAAACAACGGAAGAAUAAAGGGGCAUUGCGCAUUCCCAGCCCUCGGGAGUAUGACCGCGGCGGCAUGCCCGAGGUCCUGGAGGAAGCAGAUGAUGAAGGCGAGGGAUCCAAGCGGACGCGUAGCAGCGAAUCUGACGACGAGAGCUCUCGGAAUUCGGAGGAGUCCGACCAAGUUGGACCGCUGGAAGGGCCGCACAUCACCAUCAAUGAACCGGACAUACAGCAGACGAGAACCAGAAAUUCGACGUUCCCCCGUCUGGACACACGUCCCACGUUUCGGGACACGAAAGAUCUGAACGAUACAUCAGCCCUGGAGCGUUCAAGGUCACGACGCCCUACUCUUAGCAAUCUUGUUCGCUCCUUAACCCACGAACGGGAGCGUACGACACUUCCAUAUCUCAGUUGGAACGCUACUGUUGCACGAAAUUCCAACUUUGUUGAUUUGACCGAGGAGCAGCGUGAUGAGCUGGGAGGCAUCGAAUACCGAGCCUUGAAGACUCUGGCCAUUGUACUCACCUCUUAUUAUCUCUUUUUUCACAUCCUGGGAAUGGUCUGCCUCGUCGGUUGGAUCAUGACCACUCGCUGGGGUCAGGUCGUUGAGCAAAUCGGACAAGGUCGUCCUUGGUGGGGCAUCUUCACCGCGGGAUCUGCUUUCAACGACGUCGGCUUCACGCUGACGCCGGACUCCAUGACCUCGUUCCAGACAGCUGUAUUUCCUCUUCUCCUCAUGACUUUCCUUAUCAUUAUUGGCAACACCGGCUUUCCCUGUAUGCUCCGGUUGAUCAUCUGGGUUCUGUCGACAAUUGUCCCACGCGAGAGCGCCGUUUGGGAGGAGCUCAAGUUUCUGUUGGAUCACCCUCGCCGAUGCUUUACCUUACUCUUCCCGCGAAACGCGACCUGGUGGCUGUUCGCCAUCCUCGUGGCGCUGAACGGGAUUGACUUGAUCUUCUUUAUUAUUCUCGACUUGAACGAUCCGACUGUUACCUCUUUGUCACCGGGCAUUCGGGUACUCGACGGCCUUUUCCAAGCAGCAUCCACGCGGACUGCUGGAUUUGGCGUGGUGAGCGUAGCGGAUCUUCACCCUGCAAUUCAGGUCUCCUACAUGAUUAUGAUGUAUAUUUCGGUUUUCCCCAUCGCCAUUUCCAUGCGAAGAACCAAUGUCUACGAGGAGAAGAGUCUCGGCAUUUAUGCGGGUGGGGAGGACGAAGACGAACCACAGACCCCUCCUAGUUACAUCGGGUUCCAUUUAAGAAGGCAGCUGAGUUUUGACCUGUGGUAUGUCUUUCUCGGGCUGUUCAUAAUUGCCAUCGUGGAGGGCAACCGGCUACAGUCAGAGGACGAGUAUGCUUUCCAGAUGUGGGCAGUGCUCUUCGAGAUUGUCUCCGCCUAUGGUACCGUUGGCCUGUCAUUCGGAUAUCCAGGUGUCAACACGUCUUUCAGUGGCCAGUUCAAGGUUUUGUCAAAGCUCAUUAUCAUUGCAAUGCAAAUCCGUGGUCGACAUCGUGGUCUCCCUUAUUCCCUCGACCGUGCAAUCUUGCUUCCGUCGGAAUCUCUCAAGGACAAGGAUCUGCAGGAUGCAGAGAGACGAAUGCGUCGGCGUGUCUCCAACCUCAGCACCAUGUCUGGGAUGGACCGAACUUCUUCGCAAGCGCGGACAGAGAAUGGUGUCGCAACAGGCGCCGAGGAUAGGGACAGGGGUGCAACGCCAUGGACAAACGGGGACUAUAUCAUCCGCCGGCACUCGACAAUGCGGUCGCAAAAAUCCCAGAAAUCACAGCGGUAG